AUGCUUCCUACUACUUCUCUCCUGCUUGCCGGUGCUGGCAUCGCCAACGCAUACACCAUUGCUGUGGCCGAGCCCUUCAUGCGCAAGAACAUCGAUCCCGUCGUCAUUCCGGGCCAGUACAAGAGCCACAUGCACACCUUCUUUGGCUCAGGCGCUGUCACUCUCAACACGAACACUUCUGCCGAGCUCCAGGCAGCCGAACUCUUUGAUGUGCUGGAAGUGAUAGCCAGUUCUUCUACCAUAAGACGUUCUCUCGCUGACAUGAGCUCGAAAGGGAUCCCAACUCUGUAUGUCAAGAACGACACCGGCAUGACACCCGUCCCCUUCUCCCGGUUCAGCGCCUACUACGUCGCCAUCGAAAGCGCCGAGGUCGCCAUCCCCCAAAACUACAAAACCGUCGCCGGAAACUCCAAGGGCACAACACAAGCCGACGUCGAGGACCUCGCCGGCAUUCAAUGGUUCUGCGAAGGCGACCCCACCGAAGAGGGCAAAGACGUCGCGGCCUGGCCGACGAAAACGUGCUCCACGCACUUGCAGACCCUCCUCCUCUUCCACGACUGCGUCAACGAGCAGACGCUCGAGUCGGCCUACUCGGGCACCCAGAAUUAG